AUGGCGGGCGUCCGCUGUCCUCCCGUGAGUGGCGAAGCCUCCGUUGAACAUCGCGUGAUAACGACAGGACCAGGCAAGAGCGAGUGGCAAUUUGCUGAUCGUGGCUUGCGCUUCUCGUCUCGCUUCGACGGCGGGAACAUGGCUCAUGUACAGCUGAAUCCGUCAGGGUCGUUCGACGUCAAAGUGUCAGAAGACGCCGCAGCUUUUGGCAUUUCCACGGGCUACACUACCUGGUUCUACUUUGAGGUAGAACGGACUCUUAAGGCCGCCAAACAACCGCAAGAUCUGCACGUGACAUUGGUGAAUCUGAAUCCACAGCGAGGACUAUUCAAAAAUGGCUACACGAUCAUGCACAGCUCGGACGAGGAACGAUGGGACCGGUUGCCUUCACCGCUGAUGAAAAUUCGACUGUCGCUCAGCUACAAAUUCAAAUUUGCUCGAGAGCGAGUGCGAUUCGCAUUCUGCUACCCGUACACGUACACGAGGGUGCAGGAGGAACUUGCAAGCUUGGAUCGGCAAUUUGCGGACCCAAAGCAACAUUCAGUACAGUCAUCGACAUCACCUACGCCUCCUACAAAGGAGGAGAUAUCUUCGAACGUGUACUAUCAUCGCGAGCUGUUGACUCGCUCUCUCGAAGGUUUACGUCAGAAGAAAAUGGUCGUCAUCUCCGCUCGUGUUCAUCCAGCAGAGACCCCCGCGAACUUCAUGCUAAACGGGAUGCUCCAGCUCCUUCUGCAUCCAACAGACGAGAGUGCUACUGCAUUACGUCGACACUUUGUCUUCAAGCUCAUCCCCAUGUUGAACCCCGACGCAGUGUGUCAAGGUUUCUACCGUACAGACACACGCGGUGUUAACCUGAAUCGCGUCUAUGAAGACCCACAACCGGACUUGGCUCCAACGGUGUUUGCAUUGAAAAACCUGCUACUUGACCUUGUCAACGACUAUGGGGGCGCCCAGUCUAUCACAGCACAGGAGAACGUGGUGUAUCUGGACCUACACGCUCAUGCGAAUCGACGUGGCUGCUUCAUCUUCGGUAACAAUCAUCUCCCGGACAUGCGAGAUGUGAGUGAUGCAAUGGAGACGGCAAUUGCGCGUCAAGUCCAAACGCAACUGUACGCUCGGCUUGUAGGACUCCACACUCCGUUUUUCGACUACAUGGCGUGUUUAUUCGACAAGGAGAGCAUGACAAAAAAUGAUCUACGCGAUAAUAACAAUGCCACCACGUCGCGUCAAGGAUCAAGUCGUGUGGCUCUGUAUCGAGCUACUGGACUCACGUACGUGUAUACCAUUGAAUGUAACUACAACGAAGGUCGGCGUAAUUUACGGACAUCCACCGUGAUGCCAUCGUCAUCUUCUAAGCGCUCGAAAGCGUCAACGACGAGCAUUCAACCGGAUAAUCUGCGGAUACCGCGUCGAACAGCUCCAACGAGCACUCGGCUGUAUCUCAAAUACUCGCCGGCGGACUGGAGAGACGUCGGCGUUGGCGCCCUCAUUGCGCUCUUGGAUUUGUUUGAACUUCCUGGUGCCGGACAGCGAAUACAAGAUUCUUCGUUUCGGUCUCGCGAUGGGAUCAUGAAGAAUCUGCUAGCAGAAAUCAGAGCCACCACGCCAGGUGAAGCCACAAUUUCUGUAAGACCAACUAGGCAGAAGUCACGGCUGGUUGCUAAGCAACAAUCCAAAGUCAAGUAG